UGUGACCAUUUGCCACAGUACGAGAACGUAAGGAAUCGGCGUCGCGUGGCUUCGUCAGAUUAGCGAACAAAACAAUAUCCUUUUCCAAGUAGUAGCUCCCAUUUCUGUCCUAAGGAGUUCGCGGUGGACCCGAGGAAUCCAUGGCCACGGACACGGUGUCCAACGGCGAGAACUUCGCCCAGCAUUUAACUGGCAACGGCGAAGACGACGUGAUCUGUCCCACAUGCGACGUGAAGAUCAAGCGCAGUCAGGUGGCCGAUCACUGCCAAGUGGAGAUGGAGCGACUGCACAACCCGACCAGCGCUAGCAAUCCGUCGUCCCAGUCCGCCGGGUCAGCUGCAGCAUCCGCAACUCAGGGAUCCGGGUCGGGAGCGGGCGGCAGACAGCCAUGGAGUGUAUUCCAGAGAGUGCAGCGUAACCGGCAGGCCCGCCAGCGUCAGCGCACCAGGAAGCGUCCAGCGUCUCCCGGUCCACCAGCUUCCAAUUCUGCACCAGCUGCUCCAGUUCCAACUGCAGCUCCUCCGCCUCCUACUACAGCUCCUCCUCCUCCCCCAGUUGGUCCAGAGUCCAGUCAACCCACCUGUCCCGUGUGCAAUCACAACUUCCCGCAGUCCAACAUUCAAGACCAUGUCAACCACUGCCUGCGCCAGAGCCGUCGGAAUGGCCAGGCAAAUGGGGAGCGGCACUCAAGCGAGGACUCUGAGGACAGCGAGGAAUACGAGGAGUACGAGUGGGCAGGACAGAAGCGCAUUCGCGUGUCCACUCUCGUCCAGGGAGGCUACUCCGCCCUGGGCCUGGGCCAGACGAUCAAGUACAAUGGCAACCAGCAGGGGCAAGAGGAUGAGGACGAAGAUCUCAAUGUAGACGAGGACGAUACGCACAUUUACGGGCCAAAUCAGUACGGCGAGGGCGAUGUGAUUCCGCUGGUUAACGAUGACACAGAGGGCAAUGUUUCCGAGGCGGAUGUGACCAGCUAUGUGCGCCGUCUAAUCUCCUCUAGCGAUGGGCCAAAGGCCAAUCAUUCCAGCGAAGCCCUCGUGCAAGAGACUGCCACAACCAGCAACUUGGAGGCGUCACCGUCCAGGGAGGAGCCAUCCACGUCGCGGUCAACGCGUUCCGCUUCCCAGAAUCUGCUGCAGGUCAUCGAAUCGCUGAAGGCCAAGCUGCGGCUCUACGAGAAGCAGGCGCAGGGCAAGUACAAGUGCCUAAUCUGCAUCGACGACUACAAGAAUCCCGCCAUCUCCGUAUCCUGCUGGCACGUCCACUGCGAGCAGUGCUGGCUGCAGACCCUUGGGGCGCGCAAGCUGUGUCCACAGUGCAAUUCUAUCACCACGCCAAAGGACCUCCGACGCAUCUAUCUGUAGGCGUCCACAAUCGACUUGUUAUCCCCGCUGCCAAAUCGCUUGCUUUGCUCCUAGCGCAGCCGUCAUUGAUAACCCUAUACAUAUUAUUUAUAUAGAUAACAGAUACCGAUUAUGAUACGUGACAUUACAAUAAGCUUAACAUGUAACUAUUACAAUAAACCAUAGAAAAACAUCAGAUAUUUGUAAGGAAAGAACAAUGUUUCUGGUGAAAUUAGCAUGGAUAUAUGGAUGAAAUGUUUUAACGAAUAUAGGAAGCUGAAUUGUAAA